AGGGGUCCUGCCUACUGCUCUUGAAUAUGUCAUAACAAAACAUUGUCUGCAGUUCGACUGGUCCACUCCUCCACUGGUUUAUUCCCAGUGCAACUUUAAGAGUCCUCUGCAGAAAUGAACAUGAUGAGAGGUCGGAGUCUCCUCAGCGUCGCAGGUCAAUGGCGCAGGCAGGUGGUGGAUGCGAGCAGGAGAACGUUGUGCAGCAAACCCCAGGAGACCAAAGCGGAGCCUCCAGCUACAGCUCCUGCCAACACCCACCUGGGAUUCAAGCUGCCUGGGUACAGACCCUCAGACAUGGAUAAGAAGAUUCUGAUCUGGUCUGGGCGUUUCAAGAGCGCCGACCAGAUCCCAGAGUUUGUGUCGUUUGAGAUGAUCGAUGCCUCAAGGAAUCGGAUGAGAGUGAAGGCAUGCUACGGCAUGAUGGUGACCACAAUAGCUGCCUGCUUGAUAAUGGUCAUUUUAGGCAAACGGGCAGCGGGCCGACAUGAGUCUCUGACAGGCCAGAACAUGGAGAAGAAGGCCAAGUGGAGACAGGAGUUCCAGCUACAGCAGCAGGAGGCCGCUAGCGCCGCCGCCAUGUCUGGAAAGGCCCAAUGACAGGACAUGUCCCACCUACUAAAUGAUCUCCUCUCCGGUUAUUAGUUAUAUAUCUCUAUCUAUAUAUAUAUCUCUAUCUCUAUCUCUAUAUAUCUCUCUCUAUAUCGAGAGAGCGAGAGAGAGAGAGAGAGAGCGCCUAGCACUCCAUAAAGGUGCCAUGCCUUAAUUGUAGAAAAUAUGCCAAGAUCCAAAUAGCCCACAGUGCUACACAACCUUGAUUUCCUUGCACAACACAGGCUACAGAUGUGUACACACUCACUGUCAUUGCUCAGUGUUUUCCAUGGAUCAACUUUUUGGUUGCAGAUUCCUGCCUCUGACCAAAAUGUGUUCUUUGUUCCUGUUUCUGUAGUUGUCACUAAUAUUAAAACCCAGGGCAUUUUCUCCCCCUGCCUCUUACAGCUAAACCGACUGUUGAAAUUAAUUCGUUUUUACCUGAAAACCCUUAGAAAUGGAUCAGAACUGAUACUGUAUAAAAUACUGGGUCCUUUACUUUUGGCAAGUUCCUAUUGUCUAAUCCGUCUGUUGACAUAAAGCGUGGUCAGCGGCUGUUGUAAAAAACGUAUCCUGGAGUGAUCAAACCAUUAAAACUUUCAACUUGAAUGCUGAGCAA